UCAUAGCUGAGAACGGCACGCCUUGACGUUGUCACCCCCUCCCUUCAUCGUGUGAUUCUCCUCUAUUACAUGCGCCUCUCGAUUCAUCGACUCAUGGGCCUGCAUACAUCCCAACAGACCGAAAACUGGGUCUCCCUUGACAAGUGAGACAGCGAGAUGAAACAACACGUUGCACUCCAGCAAAUGCAUGGACGAUUUGUAUAUGUCCAGCCAUUUCAACCUGCAAUCGCGAAAAAGCACGUUCAUGGACCGAGACACUGAAAUUCAUCCGUUCACAUCUCUCCGCCUACAUCGUCAAUCUCACAAUCUUCAUCUGCCAGACGUCUUCGCGGAAAGCCUCCAGCUCUGCCUUGGUUGAUACCGUCGUCCUCAAGCAGAACUGGAAUGACAUGAAGAAACACCAGGCCCGUCUCUGCAUCCUGUGGGGACUCAUGUCUCCGUUUGCCCCGACCAGUUGGCACAGCAGCAGCAGGAGCAGCGGCAGCGGCCGGCUGAGGCUGAGGCUGAGGCGGAGCAU